CCCAUCUCACUGUAUCAUCUCUCUUCUAGACUAUUGGAACACACGCCACCCACCCCCUCCCACACCUCAAGGCCCCAUCGCACACUCUCACAUCAUUUGCGUGCAUCUCGCCACCCCUUCCCACUUCCCACUCGCUCUGAGAGCCCGGCAACUCUCACAGCAAACCCCCCUGGCCCACACCGACCACCCGAGUCACCGCCGAUGGCUGGACAGGACGGCGAGCGCGCAGCGUUAGGUCUGGCUUUCGAUGCAACUACAGCAACAAAUCCGAGCGAUGGACAGGCGCAGGUCGCUCCCACGGCGCCGGUAAGGUCGUCUACCGACCCGACCAACAGGUCGCUUCGGAGAUCUUCCUCGCCUCCACCACCCAUCAAUACCACCAAUCUAGACGCGUACCGUGGCCUUGUCGACAAUGCCCCGGAAGCCGGGCCUUCCUCGGGUCACCGCUCCUCCAUUCCACCACCCCCUAGCCCCAGGCGGCAUCGCACGGGCGCGAUCAUGCAGAGAGUGCGCGCCAACUCGGGUGGCUAUGCGAGCGCGCUCACGCCGAGCAAGAGCUGGGUCGACCUGCAGGGCAUGGGCUUCGGCAUGACCUCUGCACGACCGACAGUGGAGAGACGCGUCUCUACUGAUUCGGCAACUGAAGAACCACGGCGUACCGUCAACCUUGACAGUGCGCGAAACUCUAUCGACAUUGCGGACGAGCCAUGGGACGGCGAGUGUGGAGCGUGGGACAACAGUGCGCGUUUCUACCAUCGAAUGCACCCGCACUCGAGAGCAGGUUCUCCAACGCGUUCACCCAUUGCUCUGUCACCAAACGUCCGGGCGCCAUCACCGGCUGCUUCGCCCAUCUAUGCCCGACGAAACCUUACUCUGCCAGCCAGCGGCUCCAAUACGCCUCCACCGGGCGCGACCCUGUCCGCAACGUUGUCGCCCAAUACACACUUCCUGCAGCAGCACCUUCCCCCGACAUUCCCCUACACGGGGUCAAUGCAGUCGAGCCCAGAGGCCGACGUCAGCGACCCCCUCGGUAGCCAGCCUCAGCAGCCACACGGGCACGGUCAUCAUGGCAUGGUCAUCCUGACACCGACUACUCAGGAGUGGCGCGAGCUCAAGGAGAUUACACGGCGGGAAGGAGAGCCCAUGUCCGAAGUUGAGGAGGAGGUGCCAGGCAGCGACAGCAGCGACACUGGCUCGAGCGAGAGUGUGGUCUCACCGGCCGCCAAGAUCAUCAUGCAGCCCCCGGAGGUCAGGGCUUCGGAGCCAGAUACUGCGGCCCCAUCAUUGCCACCGCAGACGCCCGACCGACCAGACUUUGACACGAGCCCUGCGGUCAAGGUGACUGAGAGCGAGAUUGCGCCGGACGAGAACGAGCAUGCCGACCGUGUUCACAACAUUGUGGUGCCCGACGACGACUCCAAAUUUGACGACGAUGUGACGCUCGCUCCAUUCCCCUCCGCGGGCUUGGGCCGGUUCAACAGUAUUGGCAGAAGAGAUUCACUUCAUCUGAACAGCCGACCGGUCGAUAUUACGACAACACGCCCAAAGACAAAGCGCGAACUUGAGCGCGAGCGCCUGUUCAAGAUGGUGGACGAGGAAAUUGCGGAAACAAGCCCAACUGAACCAAGCCAUCGGCAUUCAUGGGGUGUCCAGGGGAUUGGCAGUGGCAGUGGCUUCAACUUUGUGGGCUCUCUGGGCUCUUUAUCAUCACCGCGCACGGAGCCCCCAGAUUCGCCCCGGCUGCCGAGCGAGUCCGACGGGCAGCGCCAAGCUGAGCACGAGCCUCGAUCAGAAGUUUUGGGCUUGACUGAUGACCAUGUCGCGCGACUUUCUGCGGUUUCACCCACUGUGCCAGUUCGUCCUUCGCCACUGAAUGCCGAACCUCUGAGUGUUCCUCAUUCGGCGCCGUCAACCACCGCCCCAUCGCCAGCACUUUCGCCAGCCAACGACAUUGAGCUCGCCUCGCCAGACGUCAUCGAUUCGUCGCAGAUGAUGGCACCUCUUUCACAAGAGACCGAGUCUGAGCGCUUUGAAGCGAUCCGCAAUUACUCUCGCAAAGUUUCCUCGCGCCACACGCUUGUGCCCCGCGCCCCGUCACGCCGUGGAUCUUACGACGACGGAGUGGCGCCGCCAAAGACGGAACGCCGACGAGACACGCACCGGGUUUCCCUUGUCGCUGGUCGGGUCGUGCCCUCACUGCCUUUCCCGGCCCUCACGCCACUCACUCCGUCAACGCCCGCACCACAGACGACAGGUACAACAUCCGCGUCUUCACCGCCUCCGGUUACACCAACCACGUCGGUUACACCUCCUCCGAAGGGUAACGCGCCUGCCAACUUGCAAAGUUUCUCGCCGUUCCGGUCACCUACUGCCGCACAACCGAACAAGUCGCUUCUGCCACGGUUCGAUAGUGUACGAAGCGCUGCGAGCUACGCGUCGAGCACUGGUGUCCCGAGCGAGUGUCCUACCCCUACCAGUGAAACAGCCGGUGGUGCCGGUGGCCGAGGCAUCGACGACUAUGUCAUCCUCAAGGAGGCCGGCAAGGGCGCGUAUGGCCUGGUAAUGAGAGCCAAGGUCAAGGGGGCUAAUGGCCAGCCAGUAGGAGACGAGGUGAUUAUCAAAUACAUCAUCAAGUCGAGGAUUCUGGCCGACUGCUGGAAGAAGCACAAGGUUCUGGGGCCAAUCCCUGUUGAGAUCCACGUCAUGGACCAGCUUCGACACCUCAUGUAUGUGCCUCCGGCACACCCUCACCCCUGGGACCCAUCACGCCCACAAGGAGGAUGGGAGCACCCGGAGGAAGUUGAGCAGCUGGCGGUGGAGUCGAACGGCAACGUCCCUGGCUCACGCGCGGCUUCGCCUGGCAGCUCGCGCUCCAGCACUCCAAGCUUUAGAAGUGCCAGCAACCCGACACAGCGUUACCUCAAGACGGAGAUGAAGCAUGCUCCAGAGCGCGGGCACCCCAACAUUUGCAAACUGCUCGACUUUUUCGAGGACCGCGAGUUCUACUACAUGGUGAUGCCACGGUACGGCACCGGCGUUGAUCUCUUUGACCGCGUGGAAUCGCACCCGGCCGGCCUGGACCCAUUCGAGGUUAGAUCGAUUGUGGGCCAGCUCACCGACGCUGUCAACUUCUUGCACGCCAAUGGCAUUGUCCACCGCGACAUCAAGGACGAGAAUGUCAUUUUGGACGGCACGGGUCACUGCCAGCUCAUCGACUUUGGCUCUGCGGCACACUGGAGACCCGGCAAGAAGUGGGACACUUUCUCUGGCACCCUCCACUACGCGUCGCCCGAGAUCUUGCGCGGUGAAAUGUAUGGCGGCAAGGAACAAGACAUAUGGGCUCUUGGUGCUGUCGCCUACAUUCUGCUCGUUGGCGAGACGCCAUUCGCCAACCUCCCCGACGAGGUGCUCGCAGGUCUCAAGGGCUCUGGUGCGGAGGAGGCACUGGAGGCACGCUGCGGAGGUGUGCACGCGGACGAGGGCAGGGAGGCAGACGACGGAGGCCGCCUUGCGGACGCUGCCGACUUUGUGCGGUGUUGCCUGGAGCCCGAGGUGCACGACCGGCCGACGGCGGCGCAGCUUCUGGAGCACCGAUAUCUGGCGGGAUCUCACGGGUGGACUGGGCACCGUGGCUGGGUUAAGGGGAAGUAGACGCGAGAUAAACUGUAGAGAUAGGCUGCGACAGGGGCGGGAUCUCCUUAUCUGUAUAGCAUAGAUGCUAGAUUCUCAUGAC